GUUGUUUUCUCAGUGUUGUGUUGUAGUCCCUCAUAGAAAAACAAGCAUUACAUCACGGACUUUUUMCUUUGCUUAAUGUGCUCAUUUACUGUCAAUUAUUUCGACAACUCCUCUUAACUCCGCCUAGUGCAUUUUUCGGGAUGUCCUGAGAUAAAUAUCGAGGGCAAUUCAUAUAGCAGGAGUGGGUAGCGUACGGUUAUUUAGUGUUUUGCAGAAUGGCAGACGAGUCUCUGUUUGAAUUUCUCCAUAUGGAGAUGGUGUCUCAUGUUUUCACGGAACAACAGUCCAGCAAAGGAGAAAUGGACAACAAGGAUAGAGCUGUGUGUAUUUCUGUUUUGGAAAUCAUGGGCUUUAGGGUUGGACAAGGACUUAUUGAGAGACUGACCCGGGACUCCCCCAGCUUCAAAGAUGAGUUGGACAUAAUGAAGUUUGUCUGCAAAGACUUCUGGACGAAGGUGUUCAGGAGGCAAGUGGACAACCUCCGAACAAACCAUCAGGGUACUUAUGUCCUUCAGGAUAACAAGUUUUCUCUCCUGACUCAGCUCUCUAAUGGAAAACAGUAUCUGGAUCAGGCUGCCAAGUAUCUUGCUUUUUCAUGUGGUGUGGUGCGAGGGGCUCUGUCUAACCUCGGUCUGGAGAGUGUGGUGACAGCUGAGGUCUCCGUCAUGCCGUCCUGUAAGUUUCAGGUGGUCAUCCAGAAGCUGACAUGAUCGAUAUCUCGAUACCUUUUCCUUUUGCCAAAUGAACAGCUUGUCCUCCGAGCAUCGUGGCUCCAGAGGGGAUAAACGAUCACAACAGGACUGCUCAGAUUGCCCCUGACUGGUGGGAUAAAGUUUACUUGUAGUUUGUUGGUGCAGGAAAAUCUUUUUUAUUUUAUUUUUUAUUUUGAUUGCGAUGAAGAGUUUAUUUUGCUUUGUGUGGUUAAUGAAGUGAUCAGUUUUACGCUGGCUUUGAUUGAGCUCAAUGUUUUUGCUUAAUUUUAUAAUUAUUUAUUGGAUAGGUCAGAAGUUUCUAAUCCUGGUUCUUAGGGACCGCUACCCUCCAUGAUUUACUUAUACUGUAUCUCUGCUCCAACAUACCCGAUUCAGUGAGUGUGURAUUUCUUUAAGAAGCCUAUUAAUCACCCACUUAUUCAGAUUGGGUGUUUGUGUUGCUUAGGUAUUUAUUUUUGCACUCUAAACAUUUUUUUUGUGUAAUGUAAUGUAACAUUCCACCCCACAAAAUACAAAACUGAUGAGAGAAUUUUCUUUGUAAAAGCUGUUUUCUCUUCAAACCACCAGAGGGAGACAUAGAUCAGAAAUUGUCAUUUUUUUGAAGAAUAUUUUUGUUGUUGAAUUAAUAUUUACAAGCUUUUUUUCACAUACUUCCUUUGCCUCUUGGAGAAAAUUUAAGAAGCCUGGCUGUGGAGUGCCAUUAAAAAGCAAGUCUUUUGUAUGGUUAUCCAUUUUUUAAUAUUCUUUAACAGUCAAAUCAAAGUGUUCGUCAGCUCAGUUUCAUUUGUUUUUUUUUGGUACAGUUGAUCUCUGAUAGCAGAUAUGUACAUAUACACCUUUUUUGUUUAUUUACAAUGUUUCUAUAUGUCUUACUCAUUUUUUUGUUCUCGAAUCAAAAUGGAGAGUUUAUGACUGGAGUUCGUCAUCAUUUUUUAAAUGACCUCAUUAAUAUUUUGACGUUAAAAAGUUACGUUUUUACAUUUAGUAUUACAACCCAGUCACCCAAAACCAAUAAAAACUAUUUAUGGAUUUUCUAUAACAUUUUGUUCUCCUACAAUAUUCCUGUGGGAAACAAUGUUCAUUCUGUUUUUAUGUCUGCUGUUCACAAUAAAAAUAGUUAGAAACUCUUGGGUCAGGCUGUUGUUUUUGUGCAGAGCCAUGUUCAUAGCACAUGAUGUGAAAAGGGGGAGGAGCCAGAGUGGGUGGCACUUGCUAUCAACGUUUCUUAUUGUGUGUUUCACUCAUAGAGCUUAUGUAUGGGUUUUUCUCAAACUGACAGAAAAUUUUGAUGUAAAAGUUACUGUGGACUGAAUACAGGACAACAAUAAAUUGUGUUUUUGGAGCCAUAAACUA